CCCCGUCCCUCGGAGGUCGCGGUCGCGCCCGGUCGCGCUCGGUCGCCAUGGACCGCGCGGCGUCCCUGCCGACCUUGCGGCUUCCGGCGGUGAGGAGCGAUGCCAGGUCUGUAGAGCAGCCACCGGUGCUACUGGGAAGGCAGACGAUCCUUUCGCCAGAGCAUGGUGGAAGGGAGGCGAAAUCCUCAACCAUAUUGUCACCCUUACAGCAAGCGGCCCGAUCACCGCUCCAACAGCCAAAGGCGUCCCGCAGGACGCGGCGGACGAAGACCUGGGCCGCCUUGGAGGUCUUGGAGGCCGACGCGGAAGCGGCGAGGCAAGAGCUCGAGGCCGAGGGCCACACGCGGCGGCACGCGCGGCGGAAACAGCGUACGAAGACCUGCCCCAGCAGCGCACUACAGAAUAUCCAGGAAGAUCGGGAGGCCACCAGUGCCACCAUGCGCGUGAAGCGUAUCGAUUCGCCGGUGUCUGAGGGCCGAUCCUUGAAGUAUCCGGGCUCUCCGUUGAGCUCGGCCGAUAGCCUGCCUGAAGCAGCUGCCUCGGCAGUGCACACGCCCUCCACCAGUGCGUCCACCCCGGGCGCGCAGGUGGUGAUCCAGAAUUGGCGCUCGGGUGCUGCGAUAGGGCACGGGUCGUAUGGCUCGGUCGCCCGGGCCCUGGACGUCGACAACGGCUUCAUCUUUGCCGUGAAGAAGUCUACGGUGACCCAGUGUGAUGAGGAGGACCGCAAGUACCUGGAAAGGCUUCGAGAAGAGCUCGAUAUCCUCAGGUCGCUGCGACAUCCGAAUAUCAUCUGCUACUUGGGUCACGAGUACACCGGCGGGACCUUGUACAUUUUUAUGGAACUCGCUGAGGGCGGGUCUUUGUCAAAGCUACUGAAAGAGUUCGGAGCUUUAGAAGGUGAAUUGCUGCGCAACACCAUUUCGGGGAUGCUCUCAGGACUCCAAUACUUGCACACCCGGAAUCCCGUGGUGGUCCAUCGAGACAUCAAAAGCGCCAACGUGCUCUUGGAUUUGGACUUCAAUGUCAAAUUGGCUGACUUUGGCUGUUCGAAGCAAGUCUAUGAUAUGUCCACCUCCUUUCAUGCCACUGGCUCGUUUUCGUGGAUGGCUCCAGAGGUCAUUCUGGAGAAGCAGGGCUUUGGACGAAAGGCCGACGUGUGGAGCUUCGGCUGCACGGCGCUGGAGUCCUCGACGGCGCUGCCGCCCUGGGGCAAGGGCGCCAUCGAGGGGAUGCUGUCGGCGGUGAGGAUCAUCGGCUACUCGCAGCAGACGCCGCCCAUCCCGGAGUCGACCCCCUCCAGUCUCAAGAGCCUCUUGCAGAGCUGUUUACAACGCUCUCCGGAUGCCAGGCCGACCGCGACCGAACUGCAGAGCCACGAGUACUUCCUCAUGCCGAUGAAGGAGCGGAGGCGUCAGGUCGCUUGGUGUUGAGCGAGCGCCACGCGCAGCCUCAUGGAUGUUGGAGCGACGUGAUGUGGGGUUUUCAAGGAACGGAUCUGAUCGGAAUUCAUUAUUCCCAACCUACUGCCCACCGGCAGUUCUGUGGAUUUGCAUCUCUUCGCAGUGUUUGGGACCUUAAGGCCAAACGUGGGCAGUAGGCAUCGCGGGGAAAGCCCGCGAUCGUCCAGGGCCUUCGGUUGGAGCAGGUGGGAGCAUGAGUCUCAACUCUUCCGAGUCCUUGACCCUUUAGGAGCGCGUUGGCUGCCCAACCGC